GAGCUCGGCACCUUAAUCCUUAUCGACGAGCAUCACCGAGAGCGCCACGUCUUUGGCCGGCCACUAUUAGAGUCCCUGGACCUCAACAAAAACACCGCAUCAGUAAUACCAAACGGCAAUAGCCGACCCUUUGCCGAUGGACACGCUAACCCCGCCGUCACCCUGACCGUGACCUCCCCUAACUUCUACCUGCGCCUCCUCCUGCUCGCCGACAUGGGCUUCGCCCAAUCCUACCUCCUCCGCGAGGUCGUCUGCUCAGAUCUGACUGCCUUCUUCCGCCUCUUUAUCCUCAACCGCGCCCGCCUCAACAACGGCAGCGCCCGCCCGUCCUCCCCGUUCCUCAGCACCGCUCUAUCCCUCCUCCUCCUCGGCUGCUCGUCCGGGAUUCCGGGGAGGACGAUGAUGACGAGGGCGAGGAGCAAUACGGCCGAGACCGCCCUCCUCAACGCCUCGGCGCACUACGACCUCGGAAACGCCCUCUUCGCCGCCUUCCUGUCCGCCGACAUGACGUACUCCUGCCCCGUCUGGGCUCCUCUUCCCCGCCGUGGCAACUCCGUCGCCGACGACGACGACAGAAACGACAACGGUGAAGAGGAAACGGACGAGGAGGAGACGCUGGAGGCAGCGCAGCUCCGCAAGAUCCAUCGCGUCAUCGCCUCGGCGCGCAUCAAGCGCGGCGACCAUGUGCUGGAGAUCGGCACCGGAUGGGGUUCGUUCGCCAUCGAGGCCGUCAAGACGACCGGGUGUCGCGUGACGACGGUGACGCUGUCGAGGGAGCAGAAGGCCUGGGUCGAGGAGAGGGUCCGGCGGGAGGGGCUGGGAUGCAAGGUCGACGUCUUGCUGCUCGACUAUCGGGCCAUCCCGGCCGUCCCCGGCGGUUACGACAAGAUUGUCUCGAUCGAGAUGGUGGAGGCGGUCGGUAAGGACCAUUUGGCCGCGUACUUCGGGGUCGUGCACCGCUUGUUAAAGAGGGAGGGCGGCAUAGCCGUGCUGCAGUGUAUCACCAUGCCCGAGGGAAGGCAGGCGGCGUACGAGGAAAGGGAAGAGUGAGUUUAAAUUGAGUGCCGGAAAGAGAGAGAGAGGAGCGCUAACGACUGCUGAACUCUAGCUUCAUCAACCGGUACAUCUUCCCGGGCGGCUAUCUCCCGUCUAUCACGCAGCUGCUGGACCAUAUCACCGCCGAGUCCAAUGGCACGCUCAUCGUCGAAUCCGUCGCAAAUAUCGGAGGCCAUUACGCCCGGACCCUCCGGUUGUGGAGGGAGAGAUUCCUCGCCAAUUAUGACGCCAAGAUCCGCCAGGUUCUCGCUGAGAAACAUCCGGAUACGACGGAGGAGGAGCUUGAUGUGUUUCGGAGAAAAUGGGAGGUAGGCUCCAGGUCACA